AUGGCAGAGGCGGCUGGCCCUCUGCCCGGCUGCGGCGCUCCAGCCGAAACGGGACAGGCUCCGCGGCACCUCUCGCUCCGCUCCGUGUGGGACAGAGGGUUGGAGGCUGUGGGGCAGGAUGAGGUGCCGGCUCUGGGCCGGCUGCAGCCAGCUGCUGCCCCGGGAAGGUACAACGGCAGCACCGGGGCGGCACCUUUCGACUCCCUGCAGGUGGCUGACAUCGGGGACGUGAACGUGAACCUCUACAACCUGCCCGACAGCUGCCGCCUCAUCCAAGAGUCCUACCGGAAGAUAGUGGCCUCUGGCUGCGUGCCACUCACCUUGGGUGGAGAUCACACCAUAACAUACCCCAUCCUGCAGGCUGUGGCAGAAAAGCACGGUCCCGUGGGGCUGGUGCACGUGGAUGCUCACACCGACACUGGAGACAGAGCCCUGGGGGAGAAGAUCUACCACGGGACCCCGUUCCGGCGCUGUGUGGAGGAAGGGCUGCUGGACUGCAGCCGUGUGGUCCAGAUCGGCAUUCGAGGCUCCUCCUAUGACCCCGAUCCUUACAAGUACUGCCGGGACCAGGGUUUCCGGGUGGUCCUGGCUGAAGAGUGCUGGAGCAAGUCCCUGGUGCCGCUGAUGGCAGAGGUGCGGAAGCAGAUGGGGGACAAACCGGUGUACAUCAGUUUCGAUAUCGAUGGACUAGACCCCGCGUACGCCCCGGGCACUGGGACACCGGAGAUAGCCGGGCUCACGCCUGCACAGGCUUUGGAGAUUAUUCGUGGCUGCAAAGGGCUCAACAUAGUGGGAUGUGACCUUGUAGAAGUUGCACCGAUGUACGAUGUCUCUGGUAACACAGCCCUCCUGGCGGCAAACCUGCUGUUUGAGAUGCUGUGCGUUCUCCCCAGAGUGAAGACGAUGUGA